AUGAGCAAAGAAGAUAAAAUCACUAGACCAAAAAGGUAUCAAUGUCCUGUAAAGGAUUGUUCAAAAAUGUAUAGCAGACCUUGUUUGUUAGAACAACACCGGCGUACUCAUACCAAUGAACGAAACUUUGUUUGUGAUAUUCCCGGCUGUGGUAAGAAUUUCUUAAGAAAAUCACAUUUGAAAGUUCAUAAAUGGUCACAUUCGUCUGAAAAGCCUUUGAGUUGCGAAAUAUGCCAUAGAGGAUUUACUACCAGUCAACAGUUAGCUCGUCAUUUGAAUACACAUCCAAGAGACAAAAUUUGUCCAUAUGAUUGUGGUAAGACAUUUUUAAUAGACGAAGACUUAAUAGGUCAUAUGUUAGAUGAGCAUGUUCUCAACGAAAUAGUGAUUCUGCAAGAAAGUCCUGGUCAGAAAAAGGAUGAUAACUCGUUAUUUUCGGCAACACCUACCCUAGAUUCACCAGGUGACUUCAUUCUACAGUCAAAUACAAGAUAUAGAGAUCCUGCAACUUCGUCGCUUGAAGAUAGUGACAGUAAUAUUGUUCUACAUCUGAAAGAUAAAGACUCUUUUGUUGGCUUGCAUUGCAUGGAGGAUAUUUGUGAGGGUUUUGAUGCUUACGACUCGGUCUUUGAUUUAAUUCAGCACUACGAUGAAUAUCAUCACUUUGUCCCAGAUUCAUAUUUUCGGGAAUUCAAAUGA